AUGAAUAAAGAAGAACCGAUACAGGAUGAUGAUGCGCAGUUGGCUGCUAUGGGCCAUAGGCCUGAGUUGAAGCGACAAUUUUCGACAUGGGCGAUGUUGGGGCUGGCUUUUGCUGUCCUGAAUUCAUGGACUGCUCUAUCGGCGAGCUUAUCAAUCAGCCUCACAUCUGGUGGUAGCACAAGCGUCAUAUGGGGUCUCGUCACUGCGGGGUUCUGCAAUCUAUGUAUCGCAACUUCACUCGCCGAGUUUCUAUCUGCUUACCCAACGGCUGGUGGACAAUAUCAUUGGGUUGCAGUCAUUUCCUGGCCUAAAUGGGUUCCUAUCCUCUCCUGGAUCACGGGUUGGAUCAAUGUCGCCGGAUGGGUUGCCCUUGUUGCUACAAACUCCCUGCUUUCAAGUCAAUUGAUUGUAGGAGUAAUUUCGGCUAUGCAUCCGAAUUAUGAGUCUACUCGCUGGCAACAGUUCCUCAUAUAUAUCGGUCUGACCCUCGGUGCUUUUAUAAUCAACGCGUUCAUGAACUCCAUCUUACCUGUCAUUUACCGCGGUGCUUUUGCUUGGUCUAUCGGUGGAUUCGCGAUUGUAUCCAUCACAGUCUUGGCCUGUGCCUCACCCGACUAUAAUACUGCCUACUUCGUGUUUUGCAACUUCGUCAAUAAAACAGGAUGGCCUGAUGGUGUUGCUUGGCUGCUUGGCCUCCUUCAAGGAGGGCUCGGUGUGACCGCAUUUGAUGCGGUUGUCCACAUGAUUGAAGAGGUACCAAAUCCAUCCGUUGAAGGCCCAAAGAUCAUGGUGACAUGUGUCGGAAUUGGCACUGUAACGGGCUGCAUCUUUUUGAUUGUCCUGCUAUUUGUCGCCGGCAACAUGGAGCAGGUUACCACUUCGGCAGCCGGACCUCUUCUGCAGAUAUUGAUUGAUGCAACCAAGAACAAAGCCGGUGCAAUUUGCCUUCUGAUGCUACCCCUCAUCUGCCUGAUUCUUGCUAUCCUCAGUGUCAUGACUACCAGUAGCCGAAUGAUUUUCGCUUUUGCUCGUGAUGGCGGUCUACCCGCCUCCAAGUUCUUUGCCAAGGUUCACCCGACUCUUCAGUUGCCUCUCAACGCCCUGAUUUUGACAGUGGUCGUGGUUAUUUGCUUUGGAUGUAUAUUCCUCGGUUCUUCCAGUGCAUUCAACGCUAUCAUCUCCGCAUCUGUCGUGGCACUUGAUCUGUCAUAUGGCAUUCCCAUCCUCAUCAACUGCCUACAGGGACGGAAUGCUCUACCUGAGAGAAAGUGGAAGCUACCCCGUGCCGUGGGAUGGUUUACCGACAUUGUCUCCCUAUCAUAUAUCGCUCUGACUACUGUGCUGUUUGUCUUUCCUCCGUCCAGCACUGUCACGGGCAGCAGCAUGAAUUACUGCAUAGCUGCAUUUGCAGUCAUUAUCAUUAUAUCUGCCUUCCAGUGGAUUGUCGAUGGACGAAAGAACUAUACUGGUCCUCGCAUUGACCUGGGCGUCGAGUAA